CCCAACGUGUAUCCGAAGCUUUAACUAGAAUGCACACUGCAUGGAUGAUCCACAGUCGGCUUAGCAAAUUGAAAGUGCAAUUUAAAGCGUGCGAUCCGGAAAGGUUUCGAAAGGCCAAGCGCGCAUAGCAUUCAGCGGCGAGAGUAAAUUUGAUUACUCGUACAGCGAAGUCAGCUCUGCCCGACGACGGAAGCAACGAUCGUGGUCCCAUACACUAAUUAGAUUAGAUUAGACAAACCUGAUUAGUGCGCUGUCGCAUUGUGGGGGGAAUGGACGGGUUAGGGAAGGGGAGCGAGCUCGUGCUGUCGAUUCUUUGUUUGUCUUCUCAGAUAAAUUUGUGUAGAGAGUAAAGCUCGAAGCUUGCGGAGAAACGUACUUGCUUUGCGUUGUGGCUAAAUUAUAGAUAAAAAGGAAGUAGGCGUGACCCAAGUGGAAGCUACCUGCCGCACGACCACACCCGCGCGAUCGACUCGGGAGUUGUUCAAUUACGCGCUUAUUUUGGUGCAUUUAUUUGCCGAGUUUUUUUGCGGAUCAGCUGUGUACAUUUUCGUGUGUCAAUUCGCUUGAGAGACAACAUGCAGAAGGCACAACAACGCGGUCUCUGCUGGAUGCUGCUUGUGCUGGGCUCCCUGAUCCUCACCUUCACGCUGGCCUUCAGUUACUGGAUGUUUGUUCCACGGGAGGUGAACUUCUGGUCGCUGAUUUCGCAUAAUUACAGCGGGCCAGGACAAAAGGGAAUGCUACCGGGCAUGGUGCCAGCGGGACUCAAGCUGAAGCACGGGCCACCCUUCGUUUACCAGAUAUUACAUUAGUCCAAACACACACAACAGGGUAUAUGCUAUGUAAUCGUAUUCUAGUUUAACAAUAAAUUACAUGUACGUUAGAGAAUUGGGUGG